GAAUGCGUAUGCUUUGACUGGUAACGAUGACGAUUUACUAGCCGUACGAGGGAUUGCUUGGGGUAACAUAUCCUCCCAAAAUCCUUGCUUAGCGUUGAAGCCGGACAAUAUCAAAGAACGCAAAUAAACCAACUUCACGUCGACUUGUAAUUCUUGACACUUGACACCCCUCCAUUCGAACAUACCAGCUUCGAUGAUUGAACUUUAACUGGGCAUUGUCUUCAAUUAUUUGCACUUUGGUAGGUUUCCCCAUUGCCAACUACCCCUAUCGAGUCGUUUAUUCGCAGACAUCGUACAGAAAGCGUCGAAGCCAUCAUGUCUACUACUGUCUCAUCUCAGUUUUAAGUCUACGGCGACGAGUUCGAGUUUCAAUUGGCAACAUUUGAUUGUGCUGUACAGCAUGCCACUUGAAUCCCCCAAUACUCCACAAGGAGAGUCUACUUGUUUGCUUUCAGAGCCCAUCACAAUUCACGAUUUGCUUGAUGAAUUGUCGUUGUUUAUUUAAUAUCAUGAUGGCUGAAGUUUAAUCCAGCCAACUUUCACUCUUUUGGAUAGCACACAACGGGUCCUAACACAAAUAAGAAAUCUAGGCCGUUACAUUUCCCAUCGACUUCCACAACCUCUAUCCAUCUAACAAAUAUGUCGACGGCGACCCCCCAAGUACCUCCUAGACCCAACAAGUCCCAGGAGCAGGGAAAUGCCUCUUCUGGUGCUCCCUCUCUUGGUAGCAACAUACCACAAAUCCCUCCAAGACCUGCCAAUAGACGUGCCGAUCGUUCGGUCUCCCCUGCUCGUGAGAGCUUCGCGCGAUCUCCUCUCAAUGAUAUGCCCAUUCAACAAAAUCAUGGAAAAUCGUCCUUGUACGCCAUGAGCAGUGCCAAUAGCUCAACAACAGAGCUUGAGGUCCCACAUCGUCCAUCGAGUGUAGCUCUGCCUUCCAUCGGUCAAGAGGGCAAUGAAUAUGCGGAGGUUUUUGGAACCUCGGAAGAUCUUAGUUCAUCGCCAACGCAAACAAGGAAUGUUGCAAAUGAUUUAAAGCUUCAUGCUCCUAAGCCUUCGCACCCCGAGUCCAGUGCUAAGCACAGGGUCUCUGCGGUCACUCGCACUGAUUCUAGUCAAGCUGCUGCAUAUGGCAUAGGCAAAGCUGGAAAUGACAAAGAUAGUAGUUCUCGAUCUUUGAAAAACAAAUCAAGCUUUGCUAGCAAUGCUUCCGCCAUCGAGCGUCCCCCAUCGAGUACUGGUCAUGAGGAUGAGCAUGGCAUUCCUGAGAUUGGUCAACAAGUCCCAAUGUAUCCAAAUGCAGGGGACGUUCAAGCACCAUCUCCAUCCCCAUACUCAACUCCUUAUGCUCCUGGUAUUGGUUUCCACAACGAUGGAUCAAAGCGUCAUCAUGAGCGUAAAAUAAGUGGCCGUGGAGCAGACAUUCCACCAGGAAGUUAUGGUCUUCACGGGCAUGGCAUUAUUCCACACGAUCGCUUUGAAAAGGCUUAUUAUGAAAAGCAUCCCGAGCUUUACAAGAAAGAAACUGCUUCUUAUCACGGACCUCUCGGCGAAGGUAGAGCAGAAUGGGCUAUGAGCAGUGACGACUUGAACAGAAUUGUUAGAGACACUGCUAGCAGAGGUGCUGGUCUUGGCACAUCUCCAGCAGUGAUGAGUACUCCUACCGAACAAAUAGGGUUUCAAGCUUCUGAAGAAUAUGCAUCUCGCAUGUCCUCUCCUCGCCCACAAUCCAGUGGACAACAAUCUACUGGCUACAACGUUGCGCAUUCUAAUGCAUCUCAAACGCAUGUUGAUUCACCCCUGAAGAAAGAAAGCUCUCCUCUUGACGGUUCAAAAGACGAGUUUGAGGGUGCCUUGUCAAAAAGUCUUGAUAAUCAGUCUGAACGUGCUUACGAGAGUGAAGCGGAUCCUGAAGAUACUAUUCACGUCGAUACCCCUAGUCGUCGUUCUAGUAGAAUAAUCGAUCCGGCGAAUGAAUCAAGGCCAUAUUCAGCGGCUGGCAGGGAUGACGAUGAGCUUCGUGAAGAACAUGGAUAUAGCGCUCCUAUUCUUGCUUCUGACGAAGUUUCAAAGGAAACUUUUGGAUACGAGCUACAGCCUGCUGUUUCUCCAUCAUUUGAACGCAGAAACAUCUAUGAUGACAUAGGAUAUGGCAGCACGCCUGGAAGCAAACAAACUAGCCGACCUGGAAGCAUACAUACACCAGCAGUGCGAGCAACUGAGUCAGCGCCAUUAGAAGAGGUCCAUGAAUAUGAGCCAUUAUUCCCAGAAGAUGAAAAAUUAGGUGCUGAGGAAAAGCCUGAGACUGCGGCUGAUCGUUUGAAACGCCCGGAGAUCCAAAAACGUAAAUUCCCAAGUCAAGACGUGUGGGAAGACACGCCCAAUAGCUUGCAAUACACUGCAACAGUGUCAACGCCUCAACUUCCAGAUCCGGAUGAAGAUCAUGAAGAUGCUCAUAAAAGAUCAAAAGAGACCCCCGAGCAAGAAUUUGCCCGACGACAAGAGGAAUUGGCCGAGAGAGAAAAUGCAAGCACAGAUAGUUUCUUGCACCCCCAAAAGAAAGUGUGGUCUCAUAAACCACACCUUGCUGCAGAAACCCGAUCAAAGAAUCUUCAGCAGCGCUUCCCAAGUAGAGAUGUGUGGGAAGAUACUCCAGACAGUCUUCAAUUGCAGACGACUGUUUCAACGCCCCAGACCCCAGAAGUAGAUACCAUUAUGAGUCCAUUGGAUGAAAGACCCACUACUGGUGCUGUCGUGUUUCAUCAAGAGAAGGCAGCAGCUGGCUUUGGACUCGCGCAAGAUGAAGGUCGCGCUACGACUGGCAUCCCAAUGACCAAACCAAGCAUUCCUGCUCGGCCCGCUAGAUCAAACUCGCCUGAUAAAGCUCAGCCAGUCAUUCCUGAUCGCCCCGCACAAAAGUCGAAGCAAGAUGAAGCGGCUCCUCCUCUGCCAUUGAAGUCCAAGCCACAAAUUCCAGCUCGUCCAGCAAAACCUUCUACACGCGAAUCGUCCGAGAACAUUCCAUUAACAACCGUCCCUUCGAAUUCCUCCACUAAAUCGAUAGGAUCUGAUAAUGGCUCUGCUGCCACUGUAAAGGCAAAGCCGCCUGUCCCUUCCAGACCGGUUGGUGGCAAAAUUGCUGCUCUGCAGGGUGGUUUCCUCGCAGAUCUUAAUUCACGUUUAAAACUCGGACCACAAGCUCCGAAGAAAGAGGAGCCUAAGCCAGAGGAGAAGGUUGAGGAGAAAGAAAAGGUUCCUCUAUCAGAUGCGAGAAAGGGUAGAGCCAGAGGUCCUGCCCGCAGAGCACCUGCUAAAAGUCCUGCCCCUGUCUCUGCAGCCUCUAAGGAAUCUUCUGCUAUCGCCUUGGCAAGCUCAGUGCCCUCUACAGUGUGGUAUAUUGAUUCCGAAGAGGUCUUACACGUAGAAUCCAAGGCAGACCCCAAACUAGAGGAAGCCGCCACAUCCGCCACAAAAGCAACUGAAUCUUUAACUCCAACUCUUGCAACAAACACUGCUGGAGAGAGUCUCCAUGGUGCUACGGAAAUCGCGGCUGGUGCUGAGAAGAGUGCCUCCCCUCCUUCGGCUGAAAAGGAUAUCCAAUCAGAACAAAGAGAGGAGAUCCAAAAGGAAGAAGUCAUUGCUGAUGCUCAUGUCAAUGAUAUCGAACCGGAGAAAUUAACUGAUCUGCCUCCUGUUAAGGAUGAUGUUGCGGAGAACAUACCGGAAUCGGAAGCGCAAGCUGAAUCUGAAACUGUGGUUGAGAAUUAAGAUGGUGUAGAUGAAGAGAAUAUGGGUUGCAGGGUAUACGUGGUGUGCUAGGCAGUUGGGUUAUCGGCGAGCUAUAAGUCAUGAUAUGCAAUGAGAGUACUAUUGAGAGAUAGAAAUCUAGUACUCCACUACCUUACCGCGUAUUUAUGUCUAGUGAUAGUGUAAUUGGUUCUUAGUGUGAAAAGUCUGGUUAGUAAAUGGUGUGAAGAAUAAAGUUGUCAGGUGCUUUGCGAACAUAGUAGUUAUGGUAUUGUUCGAACCAUGGCAUGGAGCUUGGGCGAUUUUUCGAAUAGGUAACUCAUGACGAAGCUUAGGAGACGUACGAAGAGGACCAUAAAUAAUAGUAUGACAAAAAGAAGUUGAACAGGAUGACAAGAAGGCGGAAGUUCUUGUAAAUAGUGGUGAGGAGGGCGGUCGGUGGGAAAUGGAUCGGAGUGGGAAUUGUAUAUUGUGGGAUGAGAUCUAUGGAUGAGAUGUCAGAUGUGUGAGUAGUAAGAAGGAUUGGCUGGCUGGCUGUGGCUGGAUUUUUGGAUUGGUUUUGGAGGUGUGGGGGGUGUGGGGGAUGGGUGGGUGGUGAUGGGUGAGUUGUAAUGGGUAGGGGAAUACUGCUAAUAUAUUUUACUCUAUGAUAGAUCGUAGACGGAAUGGGAAAUUGUUUAGAUGGAUAUCACACUAUUCAUAUUGCAAUUUGCCACAGGUGAUAGAUAUGUAACAAAAUGGUACGUUUUGCACGCGUAUUUAUGGAAUAUGGUACCA